AAACCACAUUUUAGAUCAAGAAAGGGAAGAACAUUGAGAGCAAGAAAUAGCACAAAGACCAUGUCUGAUUGGGGGCCGGUUUUCGUCGCGGUGGUUCUGUUCAUCCUGCUGACGCCGGGGCUGCUCAUCCAGAUUCCGGGGAAAAGCCGGAUGAUCGAGUAUGGCAACUUCCAGACGAGUGGAGUUUCCAUUUUGGUGCAUUCAGUCCUUUACUUUGCUCUCAUAUGCAUCUUCUUGUUAGCCAUUGGAGUGCACAUCCUUUCUUGUUUCUCUACAACAAUGGCGGACUGGGGCCCAGUGUUGAUAGGAGUGGUGCUGUUCGUGCUGCUUCAGCCGGGCCUGCUCUUCCAGCUGCCCGGCCACAGCCGCCCCAUGGAGUUCGGCAGCAUGAAGACCAACGGCAAGUCCAUCGCCGUCCACACUCUCAUCUUCUUCACCCUCUACGCCAUUCUCAUCUUAGCCGUCCACGUCCAUAUCUAUACCGGUUGAUCAUGAUCAAUCAUCAUCGAUCUUCUCUUCUCAAUCUGGGUUUGUUUGUCCUCACCUUGCUAGCUAGUAUUACUGUUCCAGAUCUA